AUGUCAUCAACGCUCCCCUUCGCCGACCCCCUCUGGCUCAACCGCGGGUACAGCCCGUACUACAAGGACUCCCACCGACGCCUUCAAAAGGAAGUCCGUUCGUACAUUGACACGCAUAUCGCUCCUUACUGUGAGGAGUGGGAAAAGAACGGUUCGGUUCCGGUCGAGGUACAUCAACGACAUGCAGCGCUCGGCUAUACCGCUGCCACCCCAUUUCCCCUGGCUACAAACUAUCUCAAUGGCCAGCAACUUCCUGGCGGAAUCCAGGCUGAGGAAUGGGACGGGUUCCACGACCUGAUUCUUAUUGACGAGAUUGCGCGAUGCGGCUAUCUUGGUGUGAUCUGGGCGCUUGGAUGCGGGAAUUCGAUUGGUGGGCCACCGGUCAUUAACUUUGGCAAUAAAGAGCAGAAGGACCGGUUCUUACCUGACAUGUUGACUGGCAAGAUUCGGUUCUGUCUGGGUGUUACUGAGCCGGAUGCUGGAUCCGAUGUCGCGGGCAUCACGACAACUGCGGAACGAAAGGGCGACAAGUAUAUUGUCAAUGGAGCGAAGAAGUGGAUUACCAACGGCAUCUUUGCGGACUACUGCACCGCUGCGGUGCGGACAGGAGGGGGGGGUAUAGCUGGAGUAUCGGCUCUGGUGAUUCCACUCAAUGCACCGGGCGUAACACGCAGGAAGAUUGACAACUCUGGAGUUCUUGCCAGUGGAUCCACAUACAUCGAAUUUGACGAUGUUGAGGUGCCCGUGGCUAACCUCCUCGGAGAAGAGAACAAAGGCUUCCCCAUUAUCAUGAACAACUUCAACCACGAACGUCUCUGGCUUGCUUGUACAUCGCUGCGGAUGGCUCGAGUCUGCGCCGAAGAUGCCUACCAACAUGCCGUGACCCGCGAGACCUUCGGCAAGAAGCUCAUCGAGAGCCAAGUAAUCCGUGCCAAGUUUGCGGCCAUGGGCCGGAGCCUGGAUUCUACCUACGCCUGGAUGGAGCAGCUCGUCUACAUGGCGGAGACGGCGAAGGCGAACCGCACUGACGCCGCGAUGGGUGGCCUGUUCGCCAACCUCAAGGUCCUUGCAGGGCGAACUCUGGAGAUGGUCAACCGGGAGGCCCAGCAGGUCCUGGGCGGUCUCGGGUACUCGAAGCACGGUCGUGGUGCGAGAAUUGAACAGAUCAGUAGAGAUGUUCGGGUGAUGGUUGUCGGGGGUGGCAGCGAGGAGAUUUUGUCGGAUUUGGCUUGGAGACUCCAAGUCACGUCUUCUCCUCGGACUCGGCCUGCUUUCCUUCCUUCUCAACUUUGUUGUGUCCAGGCCCGGCUGGCUGCUGCUACCGUGAUGGAUCACGAUCCCAACCGGCUGAAUGCCAGUAUUUCCAAGCGCAUCCGCCAUGCUUGCGCAAGUUGCCGACGACGCAAGACGAAAUGCUCUGGAGAGCGCCCAGUGUGUUUCCACUGUCGGCGCAGUCGCCAGCGAUGCGUGUAUGAGCCCUACGCGAUGACCAUCGGCGAUACCAGCGCCGCACCUCCGCCGCCACCAGUUGCCCAGGACAAUAGCGCGAUUCUGCAGCGGAUUAGCAUGCUUGAGUCGCGUCUGGCCGACCUCAGUGACCGCGCAGCUCCUCAGGCUUUAACAUCGCCGCCUAAACGGUUUGACGAUGAACAGUGCUCCCUCCCUCCUUCCCCAGUCCUGCAGUCUGUCGUCGACACAUUCUUUGUCCACGUCCACAACCGUCCGUAUUCAUGUAUCCAAGAAGCCUCGUUCCGGAGAAAACUAGAAAUGGGAAUCGUGCCCCACUGUCUACUCCUCGCCGUGCUAGCAUCGGCAAUCCGAUUUUCCACACACGAAUACUACGAAGGGAGAAAGCAGGAGGCGAUGGAAGAAUAUGCCAAACGCUCAUGGAUGUCGGUUGUCACUGAGCAUCUCACGGUCGUGGAUAACCCGACAAUGGAGGUGGUACAAACCGCGAAUCUGCUGGCUAUUGUCGAUUACACCGUCGGUCAUGUCAGUUCGGCCUGGCUGAAGGUCGGCCUCGCAGCUCGCAUAUCCCAGGACUUGCGCCUGAUGAUAGAUCCCUCCGACGCACUAUCACCCCACGAGCAAGAGGAGCGGAGGCAGGUCUUCUGGUCAGGAUAUUUACUAGACAGGCUCAUUUCAUGCGGCAAGUCACGGCCUCUAUGCUUCCAUGACGACGACUGCCAUGUCCGGCUGCCAUGUGAUGAGAAAGCACUCUACACGGGGCGAGUGCAGACAUCACAUACCCUCCACGAGCUCCUCUGUUGGGACUCCAAGAUCGAUCACGAUCAGCCUCCCAGUCCAUUUGGCCUGGUCAUCUUAAUGGCAUCCAUCUUCGGACGCUGCACCAGAUAUGUCUACAGGGAGUGCAACACCAACAAAACACCGCCAUGGGACACAAACUCGGAGUUUUCCAAGAUCAACUCGUCCUUAUUGCUAUUCGAGUCUUACUCCAGAAGCACACGGCUCUCAGCCGUUGACACGCUCCGCGACCACGACUCGGCCCAUCGGUCGGAAUCAGAACGGGUCAUUUUCGCCCAUACGCUGUUCCAUCUCUCCCACUGUUUGCUUAAUCACCCAUUUCUCUUGCGAUUGCGACUGAAGCCGUUUGGGUCAAAAGUGCCUACCAGUUUCGGCCUGCGUGUCCUCCAUGCGGGGGCCGAACAUGCCCACCAACUGUUAGAUCUCCUUCGCGAUGCCAACGAGGCGGGCUUUCCCCUGGAGUCAUCAUUCUACUCUUACUGCAUCGUCGUCGUAGGUGGAAUACAGUCUCUUGCCUUCCACUAUCAAGCCUCCCAGAAUGAUCCUCGGUCGUCAAAUACCUUGGAUUACUUCCACCAAAGCCUCAGCACACUUGAACGACUAGCAGGGACAUGGGGACACGCAACAAACAUGACUGUUCGACUACGUGAAUUCCACGCCCAGGCUCAUAUCCUCUCCUCGCUCUUCGACCCCGCCUGCGUAACAGACGACCUCAACACUGCGUCUGUGGCCGCCCUUUGGACCAUGCUCGAUUAUGGCAAGGUUGGCUCCAGAGUUAGCGACAGCCCGAAUUUCUCUGAUUUGCUUCUCUUGAAUAUGCCAUCGCCGUCGUCGUGGGUUCUUGGGUCCGAUAUCUUCCAUACAACUCCACUGGGAGUGGAAGAUACAGACCUGCGUCUGCUUGAUGGGCUGGCACCAUCUACACACUUUAGUCCUAAUAAAGUGGACACACUUUUGGAUCCCUUACCUUCCCCCUCUUUUCCGACGGACGCCCGUCACGCGCCGUCGUUUUCGCCCCCGCCAUGCUGA